GCAAAAGAAGGCCGCAGGCCGCGCAUUAUGAUUGCCAAAAUGGGGCAGGAUGGGCACGACCGUGGCGCAAAAGUAGUGGCCACCUCCUUUGCCGAUUUGGGCUUUGACGUGGAUAUUGGCGAUGAUGAAAUUGUUGUGACCAUCACGGGCAACCGAGAAAUAAAAGACGUGGAAAUUAGUGCUGACCUCUUAGAAGAUAAAGACGAGCUGCAAGAUAAAUUGGUAAUUGCCUUGAACCGCGCCAUAGAAAAGGCGCUAACCCUGGUGGAAAGCAAGUUGAGCCAACACCGCAAAGAAGCAGAAAAACUGAUUGGACUUGCCCUUCCGCACAGCGGUGGCGCCAUACGAAUUGGAAUUACGGGCGUGCCAGGCGUGGGUAAAUCUACUUUUAUUGAGGCCUUUGGGGAGUACCUGACGCAACGCGGAAAAAAACUGGCCGUACUGGCCAUUGAUCCCAGCAGUGCGAAAAGCCGGGGCAGCAUUUUGGGCGACAAAACCCGCAUGGAAAAGCUGUCGCAAAAUGAAAAGGCUUUUAUCCGUCCCAGUCCUUCGGCAGGAUCAUUGGGUGGCGUGGCCCGCAAAACCCGCGAGUCUAUUUUGCUGUGCGAAGCAGCCGGUUACGAUGUGGUGCUGGUAGAAACCGUGGGCGUAGGCCAAAGCGAAACGGCCGUAAAAUCUAUGGUUGAUUUUUUCAUGUUGCUGAUGCUGGCCGGGGCCGGAGACGAACUGCAAGGCAUAAAACGCGGCAUCAUGGAAAUGGCCGAUUUACUGAUUAUCAACAAAGCCGAUGAUCUAGAACCGCGCAAAGUAAAACUGGCCAUGGGCGAAUACAAGCGGGCCCUGCAUCUGUUUCCGCCCAAUGCAAACGAGUGGAUACCCGAAGUCCUCUCCGCAUCAGCGCUAAAGGGCAAGGGCAUUGAAGCCAUCUGGCAGGUGGUUGAAAAAUUUGAAAACCAGCAAAAACUAAAAGGCUAUUUUGAAAAAAACCGCCAGGAGCAAGCGCUCAGUUGGUUUGAAGAAGCCUUAAGCGAUAUGCUUAUGCAAGGCCUGCACGAAAACGAAGAACAUAAAAAAGCCCUGGAAACCAAGAAGAAAAACGUACAAUUGGGCCUGGAAGAACCCAACGCUGCCGCGCAAGAUUUACUCGAAAUGCUCUGGAAAAAAUAA